CGGAAGAAUAAAAAAACGGCCAUUUCGCGUAGUCAACGCUGGCUUGUGUGCAACUUUUUCCACUGAAAUACACUAUUCUUGGUAUAAAAUCAGUUCAAAUGGAUGAUAAUUUGUACAAGCUGCUUUAUACUAGAGCUAACAAUGGGAAGCACGUAUACUACUCAUGGCGGGAGCUGUUUCAACAGCAGAAAGAUCAAGCCACUGUCUGUGUGCUUCAGCUUUUCAUCGAUAUGACCGGUUUUCGGUACACUCUGGAGGACGCCGACUUGUUGCUGUUGGGUGAAGAUGCCCUUCGAUUACUGGACGAAAAAAUAUUAAAAGCGUCAUUCGAGGAACGAGACUUUCUGGAAAAUGGUGUAUUCGUGGCAAAUUUCAAUCAAUUCUGGCAACACGCAAUCGUACACCAGUGGAAGGAUCUGCUGCACGAGAACGAUUGGUUCAACAAGAGCCUCAUGCUGGUUAUGGUUUUUUGCAACAGCGAAUGCGACGUAUGUGCGAUGGUUGGAUGUUUUGUUGGUACGAACAUUGUGCCGCAGCUGUGUGCCGCUCGGUUGAAUUUAUCCAACGACAUGGAACGGGUGAACUGCUGGCGCGAUAAUCAGCGUAAAAGUUCGCUAAAGAAGAAACAGCACUAUCUAGACCAGAUUUGUCAAGUCCUGCUUCCGGAUCUUAAGCAUGGCUUGAAGUACGCAAAGCUCUCAGCCUUUGCGAUGGAAAAGAUUUGCGCAACCAUCACGGCUUACCCGGACCUUAUGAUAAUCGAAUACGGUCAGCUGGAACUGAUUGGUGCUGGGUUAGCUUGGAAGAAUAGAAAGUCGGUGCAAGUCGCGCUGAAGUGCUUGAAAACCUUGAUGAGCGACACAUUUAGCACUAGCAUCAGGGAAGCUGUUGGGUUGUACGUGCUUAAAACGGAAACUCAGCUAACGCGCAUAAUGGAUUCGUUCAAAGUCACUGAAUCGGCGAUCCUGUGCCUGUUUCUGGAGGCUCUAAGCAUUGUAGGUAGCAUCCUGCUGUGCGAGGAUACGGCAGAGAAAAUCGUCCGUAAAAUGUUCAGCAACGACGAUACGGUGAUAAAUGCAGCAAUCGAUCUGCACGGAAUCUAUUACGCCUCCCUCAAACGGCCGGCCGAAUUGGAGACCAAUGCACUGUUAGCGAUAUUGGAUGUGUUUGAACGAUACGCCUACCCCCUAGCCGCAUACGAGACAAUCAUUCAAAAGCUGUGGCUAAAGGGAUUCUUUCGUCAGUUUGAUGGACUGUUUGAAAUGUUGGCGGAUGCCGAGAAUCGCGCAAAUGCUACGUUCAUCGCCAACUGUACCGCGCACACAAUUAACUACUGCCAUCGGUUGCUGAUGGACGACAUUAGUUCGAAGAUUUCACCGGCAUUGCGCCCGUCAUCGGAUACCGUAAACUGGCCCUUUAUACGCAAACGGAUGGAAAGCUUCGUGAGCGGUUACCCCAAAUGUUUGAUUGAAGCAGCUCGGUCGCCGAAUCUUUACAACCUCCUCCUAAACUGUCUGCGGCCGGAAAACACCGAACUGUACCGGGUGGCGAGUGUCGAUUGUGAAGCUUACUACGAGCAGGUGCUGUUUCACAUUCUCUCCAAAGUUGCGUUGAACGGCACGAGCUACAGCGUACUGUUCCACACGCUUACCACGAUCUACAGCUUCGACACUAUUGCCCACAUUUCGGAGGACAUAUGGAACGACCUGACGGAACAGUACUACACCGUCUUCUUUCACAUACGGACCCGCUUGAGGCGCUACAAUUUGGGUAUCGAUGCAAAGUUGAUGGAAUCGUACGCCGCUGCCAUCACACGGCUGUGCGUGCUGAUCGAGAUAAAUAACACGUCCGAGCAUGUGUUCACGCUGGUGGAGUACCUGGAAAACGAUCUACGGCUCUUGAAGCGGAUGAACCUAUCCAACGAAUCGGAAGCCAUCUUUUAUCGACUCUACAAAAAUGCACUGAUUGCGGGUGUUAAGUGGCGCCUGGAGAAACGUCCGGACGUAAAAUUCGGCCCGUUCGGUAAACGACUGCAGAUGUUCAUGGCCGAGCUGACUGUUCAGCUGGAUGGUGGUGGCGAUCAGGCGUGCGCCGUAGGAUGGCACGUAUCGAAUGCGCUCUGCAAUAUGCUGGUACUGACGCAGCAAACGAACGCGAACGUACUGCCGGCCCUAUCGAACCAGUUGACGUAUUGCGUGGAGGUAGAGGUGUUGCAGCAGCUUGCCAAGUACAUUGAACGUCAUGUGUUCGGUGGCAAGACUGUGGCGGAUGAGGACACCAGUUGCCUGCUGGAAAGACGGCUAAUGCUAACGACAUACAAUGCUGUCUAUCGGCAGCAUCAAUCACUGCCGCAGCAGACGGACACAUGCCACGUGCUAAAGCAUUACGAAGAAAAUGACCAGUUUGCCGAAGAGCUGGAACAGCUGCUGGGGAUUGUGUUUGAGAACAAUCGGCACGAGUUCUACAGCAUCGCUGCACAAAUAGUGGUGGAUUAUGGUAAAAAAGCAAAGCACAGCUCCAGGGUGAAGAAAUUUUUGUCAAGCCUGCAUCGAUUUCAGCCGAAAUGUUUGCCGGAAGCGGUAGAUGAAAACGAAUAUUCACUUGCUAUCGUGCAAUGCAUUGUCGAUCAAAUAUUGGAACAGGUGGAUGGUAUAAAUGGCAUUCCAUCCAGCGAGGCAGGCAAAUUGUUUCGCACGCUGAGUCCCUGGAUCUGUCGAAUGCCUUCGGAAAGUCGCAGUAAAUUAAAUCGUUAUAUUUCCAACCAUCCAAACUAUUUGACCUGGAAGAAGGAUGAAUCGUCGGAAAUUCGCAUUCAUUUGAAAAUGUUCCUGCGGACACUUAAAACUAAGUAAUCACCUGUUAAAAUACAUCGAUUUAGGAAGAAUUGGGAACUAAGUUCCUAUCGGCAUCUAGAAUAGUUAGGAAAGCAAAAUAAAGGUACGUUCAAUUUUGGCACCGUA